AAUCUCCAAAUCCCAAACCCCACCAUUGUUUCAAUUUUUUUUCUCACUCUCACUCACGUCGCGUCUCUCUCCCUCCAGCCUUCUCUGACCUCUGACUCCGCGCCCACAGUCCCACGCUGCCCUGCCACUGCCAAGCCAGCCACCUUCCCCUCCUCCCGAUCUGGCCGCGGGGCCGAAACCCUACGCGCGCAUGGAUCCCGCCUCGUCGGUCGCCGCCGAGCUCUGGCGGACGCCGCACCACCGCCUCGAGGCAUCCUCCGUCGUCACCACCGCCGACCGGGGCAACGGCGUACGCUCCGGCGCCGGCAGUUCCAGCCGCAGGAGGCCGCGCCGCGACGCGCCUGCGGCUGCGGCAGCGCCCGAGGAGGAGUCGUCCAAGCUCGUCUCCACCUCCGGUGCCGCCGCCGCCGCCGAGGACUCGGCUGAUCCAGAAGCAAAAAGUUUGAAGCUGAUGACAUCUGAUGAUAACAAUGAUAAAAUAAGGACAGAAGCUGAAACAAAUUCAGGGAAUGCUAGCAAGUCUGUUGAUAAAAAACCUACACCACAAGAGCCACCGAAACAAGACUAUAUCCAUGUGAGGGCAAGAAGAGGUCAAGCAACGGACAGCCAUAGCCUUGCAGAAAGAGCACGGCGAGAGAAGAUAAGUGAACGGAUGAACACUCUCCAGGAUCUUGUCCCUGGAUGCAAUAAGGUUAUCGGGAAAGCAUCAGUCCUUGAUGAGAUAAUAAAUUACAUCCAGUCUUUACAGCAUCAAGUGGAGUUUUUGUCCAUGAAGCUUGAAGCGGUUAAUGCUCAUAUGAACAAUGGAAGUGUAGCUUUUCCAUCUAAAGAUAUUGGUGCUCCGCCAUAUAACACGGCUCCGGGUCUGUCAUUCGAUCCACAAACACUAAGGGAAUACGCCCAGGGCUUGACAUCAGAAUGGCUUCACAUGCAGAUUGGCAAUGCUUAUGAAAGAGUGACAUGAAUGAAACGAGGAAACCCAUAAAACAAAAUUUCCUCGUGGUGGCCAAUAAAGAGUACCAGGAUUAAACGAAGUCCGUGGUCCUAGGUUUAUUUUUUCCCCUGGUUAUCUUGUCGCCAAAGUUGUUUUAUUCCUUGUUUGGGCCGGGCAUAAUGCCGUAGGUACAUUCACCUAGGAGCAAGCAUGGUCUUUUUCCAUCUGCAUCUGUGUACGGAUUUUGUGAUAUGCUUGUGUGAUGUGUCUCGGGAAAUUUCUGUACCUCAGAUUGAUACAAGAAAAGAUGGAAAUAUUGUUGUAUGGCUA